UUUCCUCAUGACUCUCUGUUAUUUCCGUGUCGGUCCCUAAACUCGACUUCCAGAACUAAUUCAGUUCAAGAUGACGGAGGAGGCGAUCGUGAAGACGAUCUGCGCUCAGAACGGAUCUCUCGGUUACGAUGCUUUAACGUCGAUGUUCGGUGAAGCGCUGGACUCGCUGGUCGCGCGCACCGAGUCGUUCGCGGUGGCGUUCGUGAACGGACAGAAGAAAGUGAUCGUGCGGAGCAGAGUCCGUCUGUGUCGAGUCCAGAACUGUCCGGGAUGCGCGAAUCUGCAUCUGUGCAAGCUGUUUCUGUUCGGUUCCUGCCGCUUCGACAGAGGACGACGAGGAUGCCGCUUCAGUCAUGAUCUGCUCUCGGGUCAGAAUGAAUUAGUCCUGACCGCUCACGGUUUGAACACACUGGACGUAAAGGAGCUGUGCGUUCUGCUAAUGCAGAGUGAUUACUCACUUCUGCCAGCGGUGUGUUAUUCGUAUAAUAACGGCACGGGAGAAUACGGCCGCUGUCCGGACGCCGAGAACUGUAAGAGGCUCCACAUCUGCGAGAAAUACCUGCGAGGCUCCUGUGACUGCACUCGCGCUCAUGACUUCUACGAGCCGCAUCCGAUGAAGACGCUGCAGGACAGAGGCGUCACCGCCGAGCUCAUGGCCAUCAUGAAGGACCUGUACUCCAACAUCGAAGCCCUGAAGCGUCAUUCCAAGGCAGCUUCUGCUUCAAACGCUGUGGGAACGAACUCCAGAAGAGGCCCGAAUGCACAGAACCGGAGACAGUCGAGCGGUUUUAACGCAGGCAGAGGACAAGAGGCUCAGAGGCCAGCACAAAACAACACAGAGAAAACGGAGAUCUGCAUGUAUUUCGUCAAAGGACACUGCAAGCACGGUGGCUCCUGUUGGAAGGAGCAUUCCAUUCUGCCCUAUAAAUGGGAAAUUAAGGAAGGAUCCGAAUGGAAGGCUCUUCCCGAUAACGAAGCCAUCGAGAAAGAUUACUGCGAUGUUGCAAGAACAUACAGCUCUGGAAUGAACACGGUUUAUUUCGAUACGAUGACCCAAGGCUGUCAAAGUGUGCGGCGUCUGACAACAGUACCAUCAGUGCUCCAGCCCUUCUUUAUCCUGACCACUGAGUGGAUCUGGUACUGGAAGGACGAGUAUGGAAACUGGAUCCAGUAUGCCACAGCAGACGGGGGUCAUGGAUCGUCCUCCAUCACUAGUGCUGAACUCGAGCAGAAGUACCAGGCCGAUAACAACGCCGUGGUGGAGUUCAGAGCCGGAUCGCAGACAUACGAGCUCAGCUUCACAGAUAUGAUCCAGACAAACAAACGCUACUCAACCAAAAAACACGUCAGACGUCGUCCCAAAUUUGUGUCAGCGGCUGAUGUUCGAACAAUCAAGACAACUAAAAGGACGACCAACAAUUUCAAGGCUCUGCCGGAGCACUGGGAUAAAGCUCUGACUCCCGAAACCGGAUACAAGAAUGUGCCGCUGCAGAGCACGUUCACCGAAUACAUCAAAAUCAAAGAACUGUUCAGUCGCACCAUGUUCGGCUUCAGAAUCCUGAAGAUUGAGAGGAUCCAGAACAAAGCAUUAUGGGAAGUUUAUCAGUGGCAGAAAGACUUUAUGAAAAAGAACAACGGAGGCCGAGACGUGACCGAGAAGCAGCUCUUCCACGGCACAGACAGCACACAUUUAGAUGCCAUCUGCCACACCAACUUCGACUGGAGGAUCUGUGGGACUCACGGCACGGCCUACGGGAAAGGUAGCUACUUUGCGAGGGAUGCCAAAUACUCUCACAGCUACACCAAAGACUCGGGCACUCGUUCCAUGUUCGUGUGUCGCGUCCUGGUUGGCAGCUACACCAAAGGUGACUCCAGCUACCUCCGGCCUCCAUCCAAAGACGGAGGAGACACCGUCUUCUACGACAGCUGUGUGAACGACGUCUUCGAUCCGUCCAUAUUUGUGGUGUUUGAGAAGCACCAGAUCUACCCUGAGUAUCUCAUCGAGUACAGAGACGCCGGUGGCUAUGAUACGUCGACCCGUCCUGCGAUUGCAAAACCAACAGCAACAGUGAGGAGCCGUGUAGCUGUUCCUGCAGUCACUCGCACACACGCCUCCAUCUAUAAUCCCUCCACACAUGCAUCUUCUUCAUACUCCUCCUCCUCCUCAAACACCUCCUUCUAUAAACCCUCUCCAGUGGCAUCAUCUUCAUAUACACCCUCUUACGUUUCAUCCUCAAGCACCUCCUCUUCUUCCUCCUCUACCUUGCGUGCUUCUUCCUCACUAUCUUUUUCCCCAUAUGCCUCACCUCCUCCAAAGCCUACCAAAAAGUCAGACUGCGUCAUUUCCUGACCGUAUGAUCAGGCAGCAUGUGAUCACUUUGUUUGCUUUAGAGGAAGUUGGCGAAAGUUCAUACUGAUUACACAAUAACAGAAAGAUUGCUUAUGAAACAGGAGUGGCGACAGAUAUUUUAAUCUUUAUUCUGACAUACAUCCAAAUGUGACAUAAAAAAAUUAGAUGUGGGCGUGGCUUUCAAAUGAGUAUGCAAAUGAGUGUGAGCUUGAAGGGGCGGAGCUUAGACAAAGAAGACCUAUAUAAUCAUAAUUAAAAAAAGAAACAUAUACAUGGAUGAAUUGUGUGAAAUCUGUAACGUGCAUUUAGAAAUUUGCUUUAAUGGCAAUGUAAUCUUUGUAAUAAUCUCAAUAUUUGAGAUACUUGUCACAAUAAAGCUUUUCAGUACACAAC